GUUCAGCCCCGGGCACGGAGCAGGGACGCAGGGCUCCGGCGUCUGCAGAAGGGGAGCCCAGGGAAAUGCAGCGGAGACACGGGGACAAUCGCAUAGUUCUUCCACGAUCAGCAAGAUCCAGGUGUAUUCCCAGAAGCAGAGUUCCCAUCUACUCUGAGCAAGCCAUUCCUAGCAUUAAUCAGUUACCCCGCCAGGAGCAAGGUGACCACAUGGCAAGGAGGCAUGCUUGGAUCAGGUCUGGAGUACGAUACACCCCCUAUCACAUCCCAUCUUACAAGCAGAGAGACACAUAUCAUAAAGGACACCAAACGCAUGGCAGUAUGGAGAGAGAGAGAAAAGAUCCGGAGGCAGGAAUGGCGGGGAACAGGCAGGAUGGAAGCACUGGGAGCUUCUCCAAGAUCACAGUGACCAAGAUGAAAGGAGAUGAGGUCUGCCAGGAAGCUCAUGACCUUCUGAGACUCCACUCAGAUCCUGGACUGAUGCACCGUGCUACUGAAACGGGACUGAAUGUUAGAAAGGACAUGGCUUGCUCCCUUCAGAUCCAUGAGGAGAACAUGCCCGAAGCUGAAGAGGAGAUGGACACAGGGAAAGGGCUGGAGCCAGAAGAGAUUUGUGUGGGCAGAAAGCCUCUGUGCACCAUCUCUCCGGAUAAGCCCAGCAACAUGAGUGACAUCCUGCAAUUGUUCCCCAAGUUAUUAAGCCUGGAUCGUCAGGGGUUGCCCUCACCUGUUUUCUCUGACAUUGUGGAUGACAAGAAGUUACCAGUCUGCAAGGGGAAUGUCUUUGGAAUACAGACCCUGAAGAAUCUCGUCUGGAAGUUCCUGAAGCAGUAUUACAGAAUCUAUGAUGGUGGGGACCGACAGGGUCUCCUGAGUGCUUACCAUGACAAUGCCUGCUUCUCACUGACUACUCUCUUCAACCCUGAGCGUCCGUCCCUAAUCAGCUUGGCCAAGUACUCCAACGACAGUGAGUCUAUGAAGCAGUUCAAAGACAUUGGCCCGUAUGUUCAGUUGGUGAAACAUACAAAAAGUGAGAUUGUUGACUUCCUCAGUGUGUUGCCCAAGACCCAGCAUGACCUCAGCUCCUUCAUGGUAGACGUGGGUGCCCAGACGAAGAAGAUGCUCUGCUUUUCGGUCCGUGGACAGUUCAAGGACGAGAAUAUGUGUGAGGCCCAUGUCUGUGCCUUCGAACGGACCUUCCUUUUGACAACUGGCUGCGAUUCCAGCAUAUACAUCUUUAACGACCAACUGACUGUGACUGAAAUGAAUCCCAAUGAAAUUCCGAGUGCCUUCUUCACUCCAGAGCCCACACCCUCCUGCAGCUUUGUGCCCAGCACGUCCCAAGAGCAGCAGGAAGUGCAGCAGGCCCUCUGUACCUCGUCUGACAGUGACUGAGAUCUCAGAAGGUCCAUGCAUGAGGCGGGGGCCACAGACCCUACAAGGAAAACUCCAAAUGAACCU